AUGCAGUGCUCGCUGGCUUCCGUACUUCUGCUUGGCCUCUCAGUUUUGGCCACUAAGGCACCUGAAGAAGUUAAAAUUGCAGGCGAGUGUGCCAAGGACAACCAUGUUCAUAAGAGGGAGGCGCUGGACCUGAUCAUGACCUACCAUCUGAAAAAGAAGACUCACAAUGUCAAGUGCUUCAUAAACUGCCUCUUUGAGCGAACCAACAUAUUGGAGAAAGUGAGGAAAAAGCAUCCGAAGAAAAAUCACAACUGCGACUCCAUCAAGGAUGCUGAUAAGUGCGUAGAAUCCUUCCACAAGUUCCAAUGCUUCGUUAAGAUUGAGGAAAAAUUGAGGAGGAGCAAAUUGUCCUAACAAUAAACGAACUUCAAUUAUA